UCCUGAAGAUUUUCCUGGAAAAGGAAGAAAACGGUUUUUUCUCGGGAAACAAACAGAGCCAUGGCCUCACCUUGGACCAUACCAAAGCUUGUCACUUGGAGAGUCAAAGAUUGGGCUUCUUGUUUCUUGGCUUGCAAGUUUCCUCUAGACGAAAAUGAUUGCGGGAAUCACAGCAACAACAUCAUCACGAGUAACAGUAACUACAAGUUCAAGAGGAACAAGAAGAAGAUGACGAAAAGCAAGAGAAGAGAGAGGAAACUUAGUUUAAGCCCACCGCCGACACGACACUUCCAACAUCUCAGGAACACAACUGCUGGUACGAGGAGCUGCAGUGUUUCUCCGGCAGAUCAACGCCGGCUGAGCUGGCCGCCGACUCGGCUCUCAGACGACGGGUUCAUCGUCUUCUGCUUCGACCGUGACGACGACGGUUUCUACGUCGUCAAGGAGGAUAGCAUACCCGACGAAAAGUCCACAAGAACGGUGAAUCGUAAGCUUAUAUACGGGGAUCAAGAGGUGAGAAGAGAGGAUAAGAACUCGUCGAAGAGGACAGAACAUAACAAUCAGAAGGAUGACAGUUCUUGUCAUGGAGAUGGCGAGGAUGCUUCUUCUGAUGUUCAUGAGAAGUUGGAGGAAGAAGAUGAGUCAGAGGAAGCCAAUGCCUCUGGUGGAUCCAGCGGAUCCAAUCCCUCCGAUGGAGGCAGAGGAUCUUUUGCAUUUCCAGUAUUGGGAGUAGAGUGGAUGGGGAGCCCAGUUCAGAUGCCUAAAUCAGAUGACUUGUGCUCGAAGAAACCAAAGCCUCUCGCGUUAGGGUUCCAAUGCUGUAGAUUCUGACAAACCCCCAGAAGAAGAAAAGAAAGACAGAACAGUGUGUUCCCUCAAGUUUUUCUGCAAUUCUUUAGUUCUACUCUGUCCUGUAAAACUCUUAAAAGCGACUUUUCAUUUAUACAAAUCCGAUUUUACA